AGCAAUUUAUGUUCUUUGUUAAUGGAGGUGAUUACUUCCGAAGAAAUCUUCGAAGUGAUGUUUAUCAAAUACUCAAUUGAUUCUUUGGUAGAAAUUGCUUCUUGUUGUGUUCUCUUGAGAGUCGAUUUAUAGAGUCGAAAGUACUUCAAUUAGUAAACCUGUAAGACUCAAAAGAAGUGUUAAUACAGUUUACUUACAUGUGAGUACUCAAACCUCGAGGCUUAUAAAACUCUUACUUACAACCAUAGCAUCAAUUGGACUACAUGGCUGAAGUAAAACCACUCUAAAUUGUCACAUCACCAAAAGGUUAUACCGCCACCACCACUAGGAGACAAGGAUGUGAACCACUCACCUAUGAGAUGCUUACUCGUAUGAAAACCCUCUCGCCUCAUUAGAAAGGAAGAGAAGACACCUUUUCUCUCUAUCCAUCUCCCUAACCACCCUUCUUCUGCAACGGCUCUCUGCCCUUCUUAGGCAAAAGAUAGUUCUUAAAGUGUCAAUGCAUUGCAGCAAAUGCCGAAAAAAAGCUUUAAAAGUAGCUGCUGUUGCAUAUGGGGUGACAUCGGUGGCACUACAUGGACCAGAAAAGGACAAGCUAAUGAUAUUAGGUGAUGGGGUGGAUGCAGCAUGUUUGACCGAGGCAUUAAGGAAGAAGCUUUGUCAUGCAAGCAUUGAAAUAGUUGAAGAAGUGAAAGAUACACCCAAACCAGUAGAUCCGCCAAAGCCCCCGUCUCCUCAAAUUAUAAUCUGUCAACCACAGCCGUUUGAAUAUUAUAGAGUGGUUCCUGAUCCUACUCCAGCUCCUUGUACUAUUAUGUGAAACUAAAAGCACAUUACUAUCAGCAAUAAGGCCAUGUUGAUUAGCAAUGUAACUCCAAUUAUAGGCCUGCCUUUUUUUUCCUUAUUCUUAGCUCUGUUUUAUGUUACCAAUAGGUUUGUCUCUAUGUAUUGUGUGGGUUUGAGUAAAUUCAACUUUUUUUCAAAAAA